UUGAUCUUUCGAACAGCCAUGGCGGACUCCGAAUUACCCCACCGACCCAAGCCUGAAGCGCCUGAAGGCGCAGCCGAUGCAGCACCAGCAGAAGGAGCCGCAGGCCCGAGCAAGAGUGCGCUGAAGAAGCUCGCAAAGGAGAAGGCCAAGGCUGAGAAGGCUGCUGCCCGCGCCGCUCAAGAAAAGGCCCAAGCCGCUGCUCAGGAAGCCGCCGAUACCGCCAAGGGCCUGUACGGCCCGCUGCCCGAGUCGGAGGAUGUUAUUCCCAGCGUGAAGUUCUCUGGGUUGACCGAAGAUACUCAUGAGACUGAGAUCACUGUGGUGGCCCGUGUUGACAAUGCUCGGGUGCAGAGCGCCAAAUUGGCUUUCCUGAUGCUGCGGCAACAAGGCCAGAAGGUGCAGGCCGUGAUUGCUGCGGCAGAGCCGAUUUCCAGACAGAUGGUGAAGUGGACCGGAGGAGUGAAUGUGAAUUCUAUUGUCCAAGUCACUGGUAUUGUCAAGAAGCCGGAAAUCCCCAUCUCUUCCGCCACCCUGAGCGAUAUCGAAAUCCACAUCCGCAAGAUCUACAUGAUCUCGGAGGCCGCCCAGAUGCUGCCGAUGCAGGUUAAGGAUGCCGAAAGACCCCCGCCAGAGACGACAGAGGAAGGUCAGGUCGAUGCCGACGGGACUCCUCUGGUCACUCUCAAGACUCGUCUCGACAACCGCGUGCUGGAUCUGCAGACAGAGACCAGCCAGGCCAUUACCUGGAUCUCCAGCGGUGUUACAGAGCUGUUUGCCGAAUACAUGAUCAAGCACGGAUCCAGGUGGAUCUUCACCCCUAAGCUGGUCGGCACCGCCACUGAGGGAGGCAGCGGCGUGUUCGAGAUCAAGUACUUCAAGAGAAAGGCUUUCCUGGCCCAGAGCCCUCAACUGUACAAGCAAAUGUGCAUUGCCGGUGAUAUGGAGAGUGUCUUCGAGAUCGCCCCUGUGUUCCGUGCCGAGGAUAGUAACACACACAGGCAUCUGACUGAGUUUUCUGGUCUCGAUUUCGAGAUGACUUUCCGCCACCAUUACCACGAGGUCCUGGAUUUUGCCGAGAACCUUCUCGUCUUCAUUCUCACCCAGCUUCAGGAGCGCUAUAAGGACCAGAUUGAAACCAUCCGGAAAUCCUACCCCAAGGCCGGAGAUUUCAAGCUCCCGAAGGACGGCAAAGCCCUGCGACUGAAAUAUAUGGAGGGUCUUGCUAUGUUGAAGGAGGCUGGCGUGGAUGUCUCCGAGCAGGAGCGUUAUGAAAAUGACUUCACCACCGCCAUGGAAAAGCAAUUGGGCAGGAUCAUUCGGGAAAAGUACGACACUGACUUCUAUGUUCUCGACAAGUUCCCCAUGGCCGUCCGGCCAUUCUACACCAAACCCUGCCCAGAUGACCCUACCUUCUCCAACUCCUACGACUUCUUCAUGCGUGGAGAGGAGAUUAUGUCCGGUGCUCAGCGUAUCAACGAUGCCAAGGAACUGGAGGCGUCCAUGAUCGCCAAGGGCGUUGACCCCAACCAGGAGGGCUUUGAGGACUACCUCAACGCCUUCCGUCAAGGGUGCUCCCCUCACGCUGGCGGUGGGCUGGGUCUUAACCGCAUUGUCAUGUUUUUCUUGGGCUUGCCCAAUGUCCGUCUGGCCACCUUGUUCCCUCGUGACCCCCAGCGUCUGCGUCCUUGAGCGUAUAAAUCGG